AUGAGACUCUUGGAGGCCGCACGGCUGGCCGAGGCACCUGAAGCAGAGUCUUGGAGGUUCUGCCACUCCAGCUGGAAGCCCAGCUCGUGCUCCUCCAAGGCUUCCUGGGACGCUUCUUUCAAGCCGCGCUCGGUGUCCUUCCAGGCCUAUGACCAGGGCGGCUAUGACCAGGGCUACGGGGCGGACCCCGGGCAGGGCCCACCUGCUGACUACGAUGCGGAUGCCGACGAGGACCCUGCAGCCGAAGAGGAGAAGGCGGAGAAGGAGGAGGUCUUGAACGAGACGCUGGGCAAAGCAAAGCAGGUGGUCGACGUGCUGAAGCGGGUGGACAUGGAGACGGACGCCUCAAAGGCCCAGCUGGUGGAGAUCGGGGCCAAGGCCAUCGACUUCAAGGCGCGGUUCCGGUUCCGCAACGCGGCGAGCGCCGCCGCUAGGGCGCACCAGCUGGUGUCGAACCCGGCGGAGAUCAACCGCCUGCUGAUGAGAAUCUCCGAGGACGCGCAGCGCCUGCAAGACAUGGGGGACUUUAUCAAGGUGGGCAAGCCCUACCGCUUCCGCACGCACCUGAUCACGCUGGCAGGCGACGCGGAGCGCGCCGGGCAGCUCAUGGAGGGCAAGGUCAGCAAGCUGAAGGAGGCCCUGAGGGUGCUGAAGACCGCGGGCGGGGAGUUUGUGGACGAGGAGCUGGAGGAGAGGAGGGCGAGGGCGGCGAGGGCGGCGAGGGAGAAGCUGGCGAAGCGGGCGAGACGUCCACUCACUUGCUGCCGGAAGUUCAGGAGGAGGCCGUCGGAAUGGAAGGGCAACAGCAUGGGAUGGGCCCGGACGCUGGCAUGGGCGGUCAUGGAAUGGGCGGGCAUGGGAUGGACGCUUCCAUGGGCGGCGGCAUGGGUGGUAUGGGCGCGGGUAUGCACGACCCCCAGAUGCAAAUGGCCCACGAUGCCCAGCAGAUGGAGGUAG